UGCGCGCCGCCACGCCGAUAUAAUAAAUAUAUUGUAAUUUGUAGAUAAAUAAUAAUAAUAUUAUUAUUAUCAUCGUGAAAGCAAUAAUAAUGAUAUAAAUUAUAAUAUCAUAAUCGUGCGCGAGUUUUUUCCACCCACAAUUAUUAUUAUUAUUAUCGAUCGCAUAUCAUCCGCGACUAUCAUUCCGGUCGGUAUUUAUUUACUGCUGACGCUGCCGAGAUAAUCGUAAUAUUAAUUCCCUGCGAUCGUAUCGUGCGGUUUUGUUGCUGGUGCAGUUUAUACACACGGUCGUUUUAUAAUAUCACCCCGGAACUCAAAACAAUAUUACUUAAGUCUUCCUCUAAACCUAUUUCUUGGUAUUAGUCAGUCUUAUAUUCGUUACUAGCCGAUGGAAUCGAAGAUCGUGCAGCAUCGUCGUGCGUAAUCGAUCGGCCCCGUCAUGGCUAACAACACGGAUAAAUGGGCUGAAGAACAGGAGCCCAAUUCGUUUCUCUUGGGCGAAGAUCGCAGCGUGCAGCCAGGGUUCGUCAGGCAGAACCGUCGGCAAUCCGGUAAUGUCGGAGUUUUCAAAGAUGACAAACGAACGGAGAAGACACAUGAAGAUCCAGUUUCUAUGGCCAUCGGCGAAUUCGGCCGAUGGCAAGCUAUGCUUACAUUAAUUUUGUCCUUGUUAAAUUUGCCUUGUACAUGGCACAUAUUCGUAUUAACGUUCCAGGGGGCAGAUACGGACUUCUGGUGUACACCGCCGCCGGGUGUACUGAACCGGAUAUCCGUGGAUGAAUGGAAAAUUCUAAGUGGUGUAAUCUCAGAAUCACCAACAACCAAUGUAUCAGUAUACGAUCCUUGUCAUUAUCGUGACAUAAACUAUGACAGUUUACUUCGUAACUAUACUUACGGAGAAUUACUUCAAAGAAAAACAGAACAAUAUGAGCUGAAAACUUGUUCUUCAUGGCAAUUCAAUACUACUGAAUUCGGCGAUACAAUCACUUCUGAAUGGAACCUAGUUUGUGACCGAAAAGAAUUAAAAAACUUUGCUGAGAUGAUGUUCUUGAUGGGUGUUGCUUUUGGAGGUUUCUUUUCCGGACUCGUGUCUGACAGAUUUGGUAGAAAGAAGACAUUGAUGGCUUCUUUAAUUAUGCAGUUGGCUCUUGGUAUUUUAGUAGCUAUUUGUCCUUGGUUUGAAUUUUAUUUGGUAUUGAGAUUUAUUUUGGGAUUUGUUUGUGUGAGCAUCGUCUUCAGUGGUUUUGUCUUGUGUAUGGAACUGGUUGGUGGUAAAUGGUUGACAAUUGCUGGAGUUCUUUAUUUGCUCCCAGUUCCGAUGAGCUAUAUUAUAAUUUCCGGAAUUGCAUAUAUAUGUAGAGGGUGGAGGUUACUGCAGUGGUGUGUUACGUUGCCCGCUGUAUUUUUCUUGGUUUUGCAUUGGUUUGUUCCCGAAUCACCGAGAUGGUUAUUAGCUAUGGGGAGAGUGGAAGAGACAAUGGAAGUUUUGCAAAAGGCCUCUAAAAUCAAUAAGCAUUCUUUACCAGUGAACAUGGACAAAAUUCUUAAACAAAGUAUAAACAAAUUUGAAAUUAAUGGCAAACCCAAAGUACGAGUUUCAGAUUUAUUUCGUACUAAAAAUAUUAGAAAAAUUUCACUUGUUUUAUACAUACUUUGGUUCAGUCUUUACUUAGUAUACUACGGUCUUGUACUUAAUUUGUCCAACAUUGGAGGAAAUAUAUACAUAAAUACUAUAAUCUCAGGUUUGGUCGAAAUUCCAUCAAUAUUGAUUAGUGUGGUAAUAUUGCUCAAAAUGGGUCGAAGAAUUCCACUGUGCCUCACCAUGGUAGCUGGAGGAAUUGCGUGUUUGCUAACUACAAUUCUACCACCAGAUACGGAUGAGUGGAUAUCACUAUCAUUGGUGAUGGCUGGCAAAUUUUCCGUUUCAUCGUCAAACGUUAUUAUGCCUCUCUACACAGCUGAAUUGUUUCCAACUGUUAUAAGAAAUUUAGGCGUGGGAACUUCAAAUAUACCAGCAGGAAUUGCUCUUAUUAUGGUGCCAUAUCUUUGGAAUUUAUCUCCAUAUAGCAAAGUGUUACCAUUAUUGGUAUUGGGAACAGUCAGCGUUAUUGGUGGAUUGUCUGUACUUAUGUUACCAGAAACAGGCAGUUAUCUUUCUGAUACAUUAGAAGAAGUAGAGGAUUGUAUUAGCACAUCAAAUAAUUCACAGAAAAAAUAUAUCGAUACAAUAAGUAGUAAUGUACAAAAUUCACCAUCCGAGAAAGAAUAAUUUUAUUAUUCUUUCAUAGUACAUAUUAGACGGUUAAUUAUUGUUUAUUCAUUUGUCUUCCUAAACUUUUUAUUACGUUUUAUAAGUAUUUUAAAAACAUAUUUUUAUUCAUUCUACAUAUUUCUGUGAUAAUUAUCUAAAAUUAUUGUUGAUUAAUAAGUCAACGAAAGUACUACACCGAUAAAUUAUAUUAUGUUAAUAUACGUAGCUUUUAAAAAAAAUAAAUUGAAUUAAGUUAGUUUUUGUGAAUAACUGAACUUACUUUGUCAAUUUUUUUUUUUUAUAAAUUAUUACCUAUGGAUAAUAUAAUAUAUAUUGUUAGACAUACAUGUUAUUUACAUUUAGUAUUAUCCUUAUUUUAUUAAAUAAUAUAAAAUGUAUAUAUUUAAAUGAUUAAUAUUAUAUAUGUAUUAUGUAUUAUGUAUAAUGUAUAUGUAUAUUUUAUAUUAAUAGGAAAAAAUAUUAACUUUAAUCAUAAUGUUUAAGAUAAAUAACAUAUUUGUUAUUAUGUUUUUGUUAACCGUAAAGUAAGUGAAAAGUAUUAUAUUAGUAGAUUGUAUUGAUUUAUAAAAAAUUGUAUUAUAUAAACUUAAAAUAUGAUAUUGGAAUAAUUGACCAAGACUUAAUAUAAAUAUAUUUAAAUACUACUAAUUAUAUUUUAUAAUCUUGUAAUUUCUCAUACAUGAGCUAUGUACUGCGUUUUAAUUUCAGCGUUAAAACAUACAUAGGUAUUAGAUUUUAUUUUUAGAUGUUUAAACAAAAUUUUACCAAGUACUUACUACAACAAAUAAACUUAAAUAUAAAAGAUACUACAUAAUUGUAGAAAACUGGGUCAUAAUUAUUAAAUGUAUAUAUAAUAGUUUAAUAGAUUGAUUCUUGAUAUUUGAGUAUAUUUAAUUUUGACCUUCGAGACUUGAGUACGUAUAAAUAUUAUCAGCGAAAUAAGAUUUAUUUAAACUCGAUAAUUUGAUGAAUACAAAAUCAAAUCUUGUUGAAAGUUGUCCGGAGGAUUUAAAGAAUAUAAAACAACGAAUCUAAACACGUUUUUCGAAAUUUGUAUUGCGUAUUUUGAUUGAUCAAUGUGUUGAAUAGAUUUUUUUAACAGGAAAAAUAGUCUGUUUCAAAUCCAUUUAUGUGUCUCUUUAUGCAUUUACAAUUUUUUUUGUUUGAAAACAAUUAAUCUAUUAAAUUGCCUUCAAUUUUAUUUAAUUAAUUUCUAAUGUAUUAUUUGAUUUAAAAAAAACCUAGGUUACAAUGGUCAUUGAUUGUCAUAAAAUAUAUAAUUUUUAAAACAUUAUUAUAUUAUAUAAAUUCUAUUUUAACACUUUUUGAUUAACUUUUUAAAUUUGUUUUAAUUAGUUUAUAGAUUUAUGUGUGUUUUGGCCUGUAGGUUUUCUGGUCCGGACAUAAAAACUCCAAAAGUAUUGGAUAAAUGUUAAAUAUGAUUCCAGCUUCCUGCCUCCUGAGUCCUGGUAUGCACUGAAGUUUGCCUAUCUAUUGUAUUAAUUAGUUUUUUAGUGUACCAAUGGGUCUAUUAAAAUACUAACAUUAAUAUAAUCAUUAUACUUUUGUGAAUUUAUUAAAAUUAUUUCUCGAAU